CCCCCGGGCCUGGUUUCCGCCGGGGAGUGGCCCCCAAGUCUGCCCCAUCUCGAGCACCUGGUGCUGGACGGGAUCCCGGCCUUCUCAGAUUCGCAGCUACGGGCCCUGUCUCGGCAAGGGGCUCUGUGCUCCCUGGUGCUGAGGGUCACCUACAUGGUGACCCAGCAGGGGCUUCGAGACGCCCUGCCUGGGCUCGGUCACCUCCGGCGCCUCGAGCUGUGUGGAUUCGUGCCUGCUGAUGGGGCCCUGCAGGCCAUAGGACGCUUCCUGCCCAGACUUCGGGAGCUCAGGGUGACUGUGGCUGGGCUCACAGCCAGGGGGCUGGCCAGCUUGGUGGGGAUGCAGGCCCUAGAGACCCUGGGCCUCUUGGGACCACCCCCUACCCCUGAUAAGCUUUCAGCCAAGGAUAUCCUUUCUUUCUGCCUCUUGUUGUCUAACCUCAGAGUCCUCAGCCUUCAGGGCAUGGGCAUGGGACUAGGGUCAGCAGAUGAGGCUCUUCUUAGGGAGGGACUGGCCCACUGUAUGAUCACUGUUGGGGGGCUCCCCUUGGAAGGCUGGGGACUGAGAGGCCUAAGCUGACAGCCCCUCACACCUUCAGAUCAGAAGGAUUCAGGGUCCACUCAAAUGCUUGAGGUAGUCAAAAGAAUGCUAGUUUGGAGUCAGGGGCCUAGGAUUCAGAACCUAACUGUGAUCUUGAGUUUCCUUCUCAAAACCCAAGAUUUUUCAUAUUUAAAAUAAGGAGGUCCCUUCUAUCUCUAAAUCCCGUUUUCUCGAUCAAAGAGUUCUAGGGCUCUUUAACAUUUGUACCUUGGGGUAAAAAGGAUGAAAAGGGUCUUGGAGGUCUCCCCAGGGACAGUGUAUUACCUAAAUCCUCCCCUGAA